AAAACCAAGUGGUAAAGUACGGCGCACAGAGAGGAGGUGCGUCUUUUCCCGAUGGAUUCAGCCAACGGCGCUAAGCCUCUGAGAAAGAUUUCAGAGGCAUUCGAGGAGAUCGCCAACUGUAUUAACUCCCAAAACCAGAACACUCAACAACUGGAGCUAGCCCCUUUCUCCAGCGCCUGUUCUCUUGUUUCCCCUCUGUUCCGAUGCCUGGGUAUUGCAUUCAAGUUCGCUGAAAUGGACUAUGUCGCCAAGGUGAAUGAUCUUUGUGAGACUUCAAAGUCAAUUUCGACCUUGCAAUCGAUGAUGGAAAAGGAUAUUGAAGAAAAUUGUGUGAGGAAGCCCGGUAGUCACACGAGGAAUCUUUUGAGAGUGAAACGCGGUUUGGAUAUGGUUAGAGUAUUGUUUGAGGAGAUUCUAGUUUCAGAGGACAAUUCUCUAAAGAAUCCAGCAUCAAAAGCUUAUACACAAGUAUUCUCUCCAUAUCAUGGAUGGGCUGUAAGAAAAGCUGUUGCUGCUGGAAUGUAUGCCCUUCCUACAAAAGCACAACUCUUGCAAAAGCUUAAUGAAGAUGAAGUUUCUGCAAAGUCUGAGAUGCAAAGUUAUGUAACUGCAUCCACUCUAUUGAUUGUGUAUAUUGACAACCUUUUCCAGUCGAGAGAACUGGGCAUAGACUGGUGAUGAUUUACUCAGGAGAGUAUAAUCUACUUUUGACAUAUUUAUUCCUAUCAUGAACUCUACUUUUGUGUCACUGUUGUAUAUCGUACUAUGAUUACCAUUCAACAUUCUCAAGUUGGAACCACCACAUGUUUUUACUUGACAUUGUAUGUAUUACUAAUAAGGAUUUGCUUGACUGUUCAGUUUUAAGAUAAGAUCUCAU